AUGGAAGGAGGAAAUUGCUCUGCCUUGAAUGAAUUCAUUUUCUUGGGAAUUACUGAUAGCACAGAUGUCAGAGUGACCCUUUUUACUAUUUUUCUCCUCAUUUAUCUCAUCGAUCUCUUAGCAAACCUUGGAAUGAUGACUUUAAUAAUAGUGGAUCCCCACCUGCACACACCCAUGUAUUUCUUCCUCAGCCAUCUCUCUUUCUGUGACCUCUGUUAUUCAACAGCAAUUGGACCCAAGAUGCUGGCAGACUUCAUGACAGAGAAAAGCUCAAUCCCUUUCUUGGGCUGUGCUCUGCAGUUUCUGGCUUUUUGUGUCUUUGCAGAUGCUGAGUGCCUGCUGCUGGCUGUGAUGGCCUUUGACAGGUACCAGGCCAUCAGCAACCCCUUGCUGUACACAUCCCACAUGUCCAGCAGGCUGUGCUCCCUGCUUGUGGCUGGGGUUUACCUGGUGGGGCUCACUGAUGCUCUGAUUCACACCACACUGGCAUUCCACUUAUGUUUCUGUGGGUCUAAUGAGAUCAAUCAUUUCUUCUGUGAUUUACCUCCUCUUUUAAUCCUUUCUUGUUCCGACAUACAAGCCAAUGAGCUGGCUGUAUUCAUUGUUUUUGGAAUCAUUGAACUGAGUACCAUCUCAGGAGUACUGGUCUCCUAUUGCUAUAUCAUCUUAUCAGUCUUAAAGAUCCGUUCUGCCGAGGGACGGUUCAAGGCUUUCUCCACCUUCACUUCCCACCUCACUGCAAUCGCCAUCUUCCAGGGAACCAUGCUCUUCAUGUACUUCCGCCCCAGUUCUGCCUACUCCCUAGACCAGGACAAAAUGACCUCACUGUUUUACACCCUGGUGAUUCCCAUGCUGAAUCCUCUGAUAUACAGCCUACGGAACAAGGAUGUGAAAGCAGCCCUGCAGAAACUGAGGAAUAGAAAAUGGUUUUAA